AUGGAGCCUGGGGUUGGUGAGUUUGAGGGUGUGGAGCCUGGGGGUGCUGAGUCUGAGGGUGCUAAGCCUGCGGUCGCUGAGACUGGGGGUGCUGAGUCUGCUGGUGUUCAUGCGGGGGCCUUGUCUCGGUGGGAGCCUCUCUCCCCACAGCCGCUGCGCGAGUGGUUUGCUCGCCGAUGGAGACGCCAGCGAGGUGCUGCUGGAGCUGCUGGAGGUACUGCUGGAGGAGCUGGAGCUUCUGGAGCUGCUGGCGGAGCUGGAGCUGCUGGAGCCGGAGGUGCUGCCAGAGCUGGAGCUGCUGGAGGUACUACUGGCGCUGGAGCUGCUGGAGGAGCUGGAGCUGCUGGAGGAGCUGGAGCUGCUGGAGGAGCUGGAGACGCUGGUCCCGGAGGUGCUCGUACUGGAGGUACUGGAGCUGCUGGGGCUGGUGGUGCUACCAGGGUUGCUACUGGAGGUGCUCCUGGAGCUGGAGCUGCUGGAGGUGCUGGAGCUGGUGGUGCUGCGGGAGUAGGAGCUGGAGACACUGGCGCUGGGAGUACUGGUGCUGUCUCUGCUGGUUCUAGAGACGCUGUGCGGACACGGCCGUACUUCAUUCCGUUUCUUCAACAGGUUCUUGACCUCCCGCCUUCUACUGGUCCCACUUUUCCCUUACUGUGUCCACUGCCUGCCCAGCCACAGUCGCAGCUAGAGCCAUUCUCUCCUCUGCCUGGUCCUUCUCCUUACUCUGGACCUACUAGAGGUCUUACGGAGCAUCGUGAGCCUGAGUCUCGUCCUGCGUUUCCUGAGUCUCGUCCUUCUUUGCCUGUUCACGCUGUUUGCACUGGUCGUCGUGUCCCGCGUCCGCAUCCUCCUCCUGUCCCAGGCACGCACGAGAUGACACUUCGUCCUUCCACUGCUCCACUACGCGGUUCUCUGCCGUCUCCUCCUGCGUCCUCUUUUGCUGACGGUCCGGACCCGGAGUCUGACUCCCUUCGUACUGCUAGUCCUACUGUCACGCGUCUACUGGCCACAGUUGUCAUUGACCAGUCGUUUGAGUCCACUGCUGCGUCUGCCCUAGUUGCUGAGCUUGUUGACUUUGCUGCUGCCUGUUGUCUGGACUACGCCGCUAGUCGUGUUGCUAAGUAUGAGUCUGAGUCUGUCUGUCCUCCAUCCGUCAAGGGUGAGUGUGCUCUUGGCAUGAACGUCCUUGAGGACAGGCAGGACGAGUUUGAGUGCUUUGUCGCCGCUUUACCUCAUCUCGUGUCCAUGCUGAUUGCCCCUGAAGGAGACUCAGAUGCACAAGACAUCCCGACCCCCCGCUCUUACGCAGAGGCGAUAGAGGGUCCCUACUCCUCUCAGUGGCAGACAGCCAUGGACGCAGAGAUGGCUUCCUGGAAGUCCACAGGCACCUACAUCCACGAUGUUCCCCCGCCUGGGGCGAACAUUGUCAGCGGCAUGUGGAUUUUCAGGGUGAAGCGGCCGCCGGGUUCUCCGCCUGUCUUCAAGGCGUGUUUCGUUGCACGAGGCUUCAGUCACCUGCACGAGGAGAUCUGGCUGCGCCGCCCACCUGGCUUCACUGGGUCGUUUCCUACUGGUACCCAGUGGAGCCUCCGACGGCCAGUCUACGGUCUCCGCCAGGCGCCCCGUGAGUGGCAGAACACACUGAGGACGACCCGUGCGGCUCUUGGCUUUGCUCCUUCUACUGCAGACCCGUCGCUGUUUCUACGCACCGACACCUCUCUUCCGCCGUUCUACGUCCUCGUGUACGUCGACGACUUGGUCUUUGCCACUUCUGACACUGAGGGACUCGCCCACGUGAAGUCGGAGCUGCAGAAGAGACACACGUGCACAGAACUGGGUGAGCUGCGCAGCUAUCUUGGCUUGUGGAUCACCCGGGACAGAGCACAGGGCACCAUUACUUUGACUCAGUCACACAUGGUGCAGCAGGUCCUUCAGCGCUUCGGCUUCACGUACUCCUCGCCACAGCCCACUCCUCUGCCUACUCGCCACUCGCUCUCAGCUCUGCCUUCGGAUGAGUCCGUAGAGCCAAAUGGCCCGUAUCCAGAGCUUGUGGGCUGCCUCAUGUACCUGAUGACCUGCACUCGACCUGACCUGGCAUACCCGCUUAGCAUCCUGGCACGCUAUGUUGCUCCUGGGAGACACAGGAAGGAGCACAUGGAUGCCGCUAAUAGGGUGUUGCGCUACUUGUGCAGUACGUCGGGCAUGGGGCUCGUGCUUGGAGGACGGGCUUGA